AGUAGUCAGUGAGCUCCAGCAGAUUAAAACACAUUAAACACAUUAAACUGAGUUUAACUGAGUUUAACUGCAGCUUUUAAAGCUUUAUUGAACUAUUUGAUGUGUAGAGAGUUGUCGGUGUUGAUCAGUUCAUCAUGGACGGGUCUCCUGUGGUUUAUUAGAGGUUUAAAGAGCUGCUAGUCUGCUAGUCUGCUAGUCUGCUAGUUAAACUGCUUUAUUUAACAUUAAUGGAUCAUUAAUCUGAUAAAGAAGCUUGUUUCUCUGUGAGUCUACUGCAGCAGGAUGAUCUCUCAGGUCUUCAUCUUGUCCUCAAAGGGAGACCACCUCAUCUAUAAAGACUUCCGAGGAGAAGCAGGAAGUGAUGUCGUCAGUGUUUUCUACGAGAAGGUCACCGCGCUGACCGGAGACCAGCCUCCCGUCGUCAUGAGUCACAAAGAUCUUCACUUCAUCCACGUCCGGCAGGGAGGACUGUACUGGGUCGCCACGACGACGGAUGACUCCUCCCCCUUCACCGUCAUCGAGUUCCUCAACAGGUUAUCAGCUCUGGUUAAAGAUUACUGCGGCAGCCUGUCGGAGAAGUCGGUGCAGAUGAACUUCGCCCUCAUCUAUGAGCUGCUGGACGAGGUCGUGGACUACGGUUACAUCCAGACGACGUCCUCUGACGUCCUGAAGAACUUCAUCCAGACUGAAGCCGUGUCCUCCAGACCCUUCAGCCUGUUUGACCUCAGUAACGUCGGCUUGUUUGGAGCUGAGACUCAGCAGAGUAAAGUGGCUCCGAGCUCUGCAGCCAGCCGACCCAUCCAGUCCAGCAGAGAGCAGGGAGGGAAGAGCGAGAUAUUUGUGGACGUGAUUGAGAGGAUGUCAGUCGUCAUCGGCUCCAACGGGGUUCUGAUGAAGGCCGACGUGGAGGGAGAAAUCAGAGUGAAGUGCUACAUGCCGAGCUGCUCAGAGAUGAGAAUCGGUCUGAACGAGGAGUUCAGCAUUGGAAAGUCACAACUCAGAGGUUACGGAGCUGCUGUCCGUGUAGACGAGUGCAGCUUCCACCAGGCGGUCCGACUGGACGAGUUUGACAGCAACCGGAUCCUCCGACUCUGUCCGAGUCAGGGAGAGCAAACGGUGAUGCAGUACCAGCUGAGUGACGAGCUGCCGUCAGCGCCGCCGUUCCGUCUCUUCCCCACCAUCGAGAGGGACAGCGGAGGAAGGCUGCUGAUGUACCUGAAGCUUCGCUGUGAUCUGCCACCAAAGAGCGCUGCCAUCAACGUGUGUGCCUCCAUCCCGGUCCCUAAAGGCUCAGUGAGUGUGUCUCAGGAGCUCAGUAGUCCGGAUCAGAGCGCUGAGCUGAAGCUGCAGAGUCGAUCCAUCGACUGGACGAUCCCUCGAUUCUCUGGAGGAACUCAGCUGUCUGCUCUGUUCAAGCUGGAGGUGUCUGGUCUGAGCUCGUCCUCCAUGUUGGAGGUGGGUCCGGUGGGUUUGACCUUUGAACUUCCUAAACUGACGGCUACGGGUCUUCAGAUCCGGUUCCUGCGUCUGUCUCCGGUCCAGCCGGGUCCGUCUCAGCGCUGGGUCCGAUACGUCACCCACUCCGACUCCUACAUCAUCCGCAUCUGACCUCUGACCUCUGACCUCUGACCUCUGGUCAUCGCUUCCAUGAUGCCGUUUAUCUUUUAUUGUCCUUUCAAAAUAAGAGUGGACGUCAUCAUCUGUCUGUAAAUAAAUGUGACAUCUUUCUGUUUCCUUCUAUCUGAUGUCUUUUACUCUGAAGGUUUAAUAAACUCGUCCUGUCAGCGGCUUCAGAGGAGAAAUAUCAGAUAUCAUCGACAGGAAGCUUCAGAAGCAGAAAUUCACCAUAAACGUGAUUAAAUAGAAGAAGUGUUUCCCCUCA